AUGGAGGAGCACUACGGCACGCCGGUCGACCCGGUCGCGGCCGAGAACCUGGCCGCAGCUCGGCUUCAUGUGCAGGCCUUGACGGCGUGUGGUCUGUCGCGAGAAGCUCUGCUACAAGCUCUACUGGAGAGUCAAGUAUCUCCUGGGCCCGACCCGGCUCUCGCAGGCAUUCAACCUCUCCCACACACGGGCCUCAAUCGUGACCUGCCUCCCAUGCCUCUAGCAUUGAAGCACAAGUCCUCGAUGCACGCAUCACAUCAUCAGAGCGCCCACAUCGCCCAAGCCCACGCCUCAAUACCCUUGAUGACCUACCAGCACCAGAGCAUGGCACCGCACCCUUCACAGCAGCAGCAACCACAGCCAAUUCGCCAGCCCUCAAAGUCCAAAUGGUCCAAGCUCACCAGAUCCAAGUCCGUCAGCGGCCUCCGCCACACCAGCAGCGUCAGCAGCACCAGCAGCACGAGCAACGGCGCCGGCAGCACGCGCGCCUACUGGUGCACCGCCUGCGACACCAAGCUCGCGCGCAAGUUCGACUGGAAGCGGCACAUGGACGAGUUCCACGAGCGGUACAAAAAGUACCCUUGCCCGGACUGCAACCGCGUCUUCUGGGGCGCCAACACGUUCAACCAGCACCACCGCGCCGCCCACGGCUGCACCACCUGCCCGCACGCCGACCGCGUCGUGCGCUACGUCCGCCGCAAGCGCGCCUGGGGCUGCGGCUUCUGCGCCGCCCUCGCCCCCUCCCUCGACCGCUACCUCGAGCACGUCGCCCUGCACUACGAGUCCGGCAAGACGCGCGCCCACUGGUCCCACGCCCGCGUCAUCUACGGCCUCCUGCACCAGCCCGGCGUGCACGAAGCCUGGCGUGAGGUCGUGCGCCGGCGCCACGGCGACCUGCCCCGCGACCAGGCGCCGCAGUUCAGCUGGGAGGCCGCGACGACGGGCAGCGAGCAGGGGUUCCUGGAGAAGGAGGCGCCCGGCAGGCUGCAGGACUUCCUCGAGUUCUUCGACCCGCUAACCGGCGACGCGGAGCAGCUGGCCGAGCUGGCGUACACGCAGGCCAUCGUCUUGGCCUCGUCUCCGUCUGCGGUUUCGCCGCCACAACUUCAGCAGCCGCUGCCACAGCAGUAUGAACCGCAGGCAGUAGUGCCCAAGAGCACGCCGGCGAUAGCGCGCAUGUCGCUGCCCAGCACGCCGCAGUCCAAGUGGGUGGAUGCCGCCGCGGCCGCCGCGCGGCAGACGGUUUCGGUGCCGCAGGUCCCCGCCGACGAGAGAGACAUGCUCCAGCAGGCCCUGCAGCCCAUUCAGGAGGAGUCCAUGUUCGAGGUGCCGAUAGGGCUGGUCAAAAUCGAUGCGACGGCGCCGCCGCCAACGACGAAUUACCUGGGAUGCGACUUUCCAGACCCGCUGCUGUCAGGGCUGGACAUGUCGUUCAACGACUGGAGCAGCAUGGUGAGCACGGUGGUGGACGACUCGUACAAUUUGGAUAUGUGCGCCAACAGCGGCGCUGGCUGCGGCGGCGCGCAGGACUGGCCGGAUGCCAUGUGCAUCGAUCCGCCGGGGCAUCUUGAGCAGUAUUACGCGACAGUCAAGGAUCAGUACUCGUAA